CCUGGGCCAUACUUGCACUCAGCCUCCCCAUUUGGCCCUCUGCAACCUGGACCAGAAGGGGCUUGGGAACAGAAAUGCCCUUAUCUGGACCUGGAACUAGUUGUCUAAGCCGUGUCAGAAACCUUUCAUACAGGACCGCUUUUAGAGCUAGGUCUCUGGGCUUGGGAAUCCUUCAGCAUGGACAGGACCCCGAGAGCAUGAACGAGAGCCACUGUUCCCACUUGAUCAGAAUUUCAGCUGGCUAAUUUUAACCUAGCCUAACUUUAUUCAGAGGAGCAAUGCACAGCAGCACAGCGUGUGGUCCAUGCAAAAGGGGUCUUUCUUACCCAAAGGCUUGGUAUCAGCUUCAACAUCCAAGUUCCAGUGGUUUUCCAUAACUGACACUGCAUUGAGAUGAAGGCCUAAGCCAUUUUGUUUCCAAAAUUCAGGAGCUGUUCGAGAUCUAGAGCCAUACUUUGCAAAGCCCUUGGGCCUGCUUCACUCCUUUCACUUAGGCUCUUUUUCCACUUUUUGUUUCCUUGGUGGUGGCUUUUUUUAAAAUGUGAAUUAUCAUCAUGGAGAGUUUCCCUGAAUAGCACGAAUCAAUGAUUCUCUCUGAGGAGCUGCUUGGUCUGCCCAAUACCUGCUCAACAAUUCCUUCCCUUUCCCUGCCGGGCUGCAGCUGCUGCUGCUCCUGCUGCUGCUGUGGCACUCAGAUUUCAAAUUUGCCAUCUUUGUGCCAAAGUGUCCACUACACCUGAGCUCCACUGUGGUCAGUAAUGGCUGGGGAGAUCCAGGCAGAAAACAGUGUGGUUCCUAUGAAGAAAAACAGCCAGCAAUGAUGCUACAGGUCAGGUCUCACAUGAGGGUCUGUGAUACGAAGGGCAGCUCGCCGCUUCUGUAGCUGAUGGGUGAGGACAACAGCUUGGUAAAAGGAGCUACCAAGAGCUGGCAGGAUGAGUUACAGCUCACCCUCUGUGCAUGACUUGUAUCACAGCACCACCACCACGGCCAAGCCAGACCCAGGGACAACUCUGGAUGUGACUGUACCAGAAACAGCUACCAUAAGCCCUGAGACUACCAGUUUCAACAGCACCAAAAUCCCAGAUGUGGCCAACACUGGACCCGGCAUGAGCACAAUGCUGCUGUCCUUUGGGAUCAUUACUGUGAUUGGGUUGGCUGUAGCUAUGGCCCAAGGAGGAGUUUUUCCAAAAGCCCCUAGGAGAACCUGGAAACAUUAUCCUGGAAACGGUCAUAAGUUCCCAAGAGCAACAUCCAGCGUUCGUAGUUCCCAGAACAAGGCUCUGGAGGCCACAAGCCUCACUUUCUUCCCAGCGCAGCCACUCUUACAGGCUGACACGAGGAAAUCUACAGAUGAAAACCACAAAGGGAAGGUUUUUCAUCCACUCUUAAAUUGCAAUGUUCUGUAUAUCAGGAAGAGGAAGAGGCUGGAGAAGCUACGACACCAACUCAUGCCCAUGUACAACUUUGAUCCCACCGAGGAACAGGAUGAGCUGGAGCAGGAGCUGCUGGAACAUGGGCGAGAUGCAGCAUCUUCCCAGGCAUCGCAGAGCAAGACGUUGCCAAUGCCAUCAAUGCAUGAACAAUACCUGCCCCUGCUCUGGGAUCGUGCUGAGACUGGGGAGGAUGAAGCCAACAAACCAGUGACUUCCCGCAAGCAUGGCCGAUCCACUGAGCCCAGCUGGUCACCCCGUUGGUUUGUGUUACAAAUGAGCACAAGCACUGGGAACUCUCGUCACUUUGGGAAGCAAACCCUUUGUGAUGGCAGUGGUGAUUUUUUGGUGCGUCUGUUACCACUAAAAGGUCCUGAGCUCCAGUUUCUGGGCUGGUGCUGACUGAUACCAUCUACCAAGCUGCGUGCUUAGGAACAGUGCCUGCUUUGUUGUAGAUUAACUUGUCAGAGCACAUGUGCAUGCUCUCUGGGUCAGGGAAGGAGGAGAUGCAUGUUUCAGAGAGCUUCCCCGUUGGCUUUGUGCCACCAGACCCCAAGGAGAGUGAUGAAUGAGCCUCUCCCUACAGUGACCGCAGACUUUGGCAGAUCCUGGAGGGGUGACUGGUGGCAAAGCCCCUUUGAGCAAGGAGAGCUGACUCCUCUAGCUGAGCAGUAACCUGGGGCACGCCAAGGAGAACACAUACUAUGGGCUUAUCCCCCUUGUGGCAUGUGGGCUGCUGAUAAACGUGUGCCCGGGGUAAUGUUGAAGCAUGGGGAAUUCACUAGCUUUAAAAAGUGAAAUCGUGACCAUUUGGCUGAUUACAUCUUAGCUGAGGAAGUGGCUGAAUAUCCCAAAUUAGGGCUGCUGUAUAGACAGAGGGGAAUUCACACAGCUAGAGGCAGAGGGUGUCAAUGUCUGGCUAUGUGACUCCCUGCCGCUGAGCUAGGGAUAAUGGUGCUUGGGCCACAGAGAGGAGUCCAGCAGAACUGGGGUUCCGGUACCACGCGUCGCCCUCCUGCUUUGGCUCAGGGAAGUUUCUACAGUGCAGAGUAUUAUCUAGAAAAAAAGAUCAAGCCUUGAAAUAUUUGCUUUUAAAUAAGGAAAAACAUGUAUUGGCUCAAUAUUACAACAGCCCCAUGUCUGCCCCCAGAGGUGACUGAACAGCUGGUUCGUACUGCCUUACCUGCCAGGAUCUGCAGUCAGAGCCUUCUCUUCUUCCUGCUGAAGGAAACACGGAGCUUUGUGUUAGCCUCUGCUCAUGUUACCUGCUAAUGCAGAAGGUGGGACUAGACAGGUAAGCCAGGAGUUUCCCUGUAACCCUGAAGCAUCCCUCUGCCUGUGCGUCCUUCAGGGCUGCAGGAGGGAGAGAGCGUGAAGGGGUCUCUGGCCACCUUGGCAUGCUGCAGCGUGGCAUGGGGGCUGUCCUCCGCAGAGCCUUUUGGUGGCCGCCAGCCCUGAGUGCUGCAGGCCAGCACAGCAGCCGAGGCCAGCAGCAGAGCCUGCAAUGCAAGCAUCAGUACCCAGCCACGCACUGAUCACCUCCUGAUUUUUUCGGCAGUAUGUGCGUUUGUUAGUCAGGUCAUAUUCCAUCCACAGCACCAGUCAAAAGGGAAUCAGGGCAGGCAAAAAUUUGAAUGCAGUUCUAAAGGUAGGCUUUAUGCAAGGUGAUCUUUCACUGAAUGGCAAUUCAGGUAUUAUGUGCUUUAUUGCAAGUUUGGACCUGCCAGUUAGUUUUUGUUCUCCCAAAUAUUUUUUUUUCUUCCCCACUGUGAUUUUGUUUUUUUCCUGUGUUUAUUAAAUGCAGACUCUUUCCUGGGCGUGUGCCACUGACCCCUGCAGUGCACAGUUGCUUACCAUCCUUCACUGGCACGGCUUCCUCCAUGGCAGUUUUACAGGGCUAAGCUGCUUUAAUUUUUCAGUAUCUCUCUUUUUAAAACCAGGGAGUUCUGGGAGUGUAUUAGGGCUAGGAGUGUCAUCACCUGUGGAAAACGGUCCCUCCUCCAUACCCAGGAGAUCUGGUAGGAGGCACUCCCAGGCUGCUGGUUGCUGCUGGUGUUCGCACUCCAGGGAUACUGUUGGAAGGAAGGUACGUGGGUACAAAUACUCCUUAGAAUUCGGACACUAUCUGUGGGUCUUCCCAGAGGUUAUGCCUGUGUGACCAGCUGAGAAGCCAGUAAAUCACCACACACACACGUGCACACUUACCAUCUCCUCCGAGCACUCACUGAGGGCAGCCAGCCACAGACAUCAGACUUCUCCCUUCAGCAGCUGGUGCGUCGCUACCUGUCACACUCCCAUGCUCUGCAGCAGGACAGGGAUGCAAGUGGCAGCAGGGGUGCAUGGCUGUCCUAAAUCAUAACAUUUCCCCUAGAACUCUUAGGAUUGGAACUUCAUUUGUUGGUUUAAAGUCAAUAAAAGGCAAGUGUAAGCUGAGCUGUUUCCUCAAACUGACGGCCUACUUUGUGCUCUUUAUCCAACUCCAUGUGCUGCACAGGCAGCUGCCAAGCAGUGCAGGUCAGGUGCUAAAACAUGCACCUUGUUCCACGUUAAUACUGAGAUAUAUCUUGUCUAACAAACACACCUACAGAGGAAUUCUCUUUAACCAUUCUUCCUGUAAUGGUAGGCUUUGUCCUGUGAUGACUGCCCUUAGAUUAAAGAAGUACAGGUAAUAAGACUAAAAGAAUAUUACGGGUAUUUGCUGGGCUUGUACUGGAGUAUUCUUUUAGUUCAGUAGCACCUCCUCUCACAGUUCUUGGAAGUAUAUGUACAAUUUAGCAGAAGCAUUAUGAUGUAAUUUAAUUCAAGUGUUUCUGUGUUUUAAGCAUUGAAAUAUAAUUAAACUAUUUACAUGAAA